AUGCUCUUCAGUUACUUGAAUAACUCCUCUGUAGCCCAUAUUCAGGGACGAUACGUCUGGCUAACAGGCCUGUCCAUCGUGGCAGUGUUCGCGUCGAUUGUCUCAGUAAGGGAUCUGCAUUUGCCCGAAUACAAUCCACUUCAGCUCUUCAUCACCUCAAAUCCUCACGAAUGGUACGACAACAAUGCCGAGAAGACGUUUGCUUUUGUGGAGGAGAAAAUCGCCAUUCCAUUAUUCGCACGGCUCGUGUGGGGUGUGAAGGCUGUCAACUCGACAGCGAUGUUCCAGCCAGAUGCCAUAGAAUUGCCGAUAAUACCAUUCCAUUGUGCCAGGGCCGAUCUAUCGUUCUCACUCGCGACGCCACAGGAUGUACGAAAACUGGCCGGCACUCUCGCGUCAUAUCGGACUCUUCCGUUCAUCAACUAUUCGGAGACGUUUUGGCCGGAGAAAUUCCUCAGUUGGAGUGAUGAGUACCCUUGUGUCUCUGGGCAACUUUUAGCAAGUUUCGCUCUGCUCUGUCAUCCAUGUGGUUUUCCAUUGUUUUUAUCCACGUCCCGGUUCGUAUGUUGCAACAUUUCUCAUCCAACGUUUAAUAAUGUCUAUAUGGAUUAUUGUCUGCGCAAUUCAACUUCGUUCAUCGUGAUCUCCUACAAUGAUACGCCACUUUUCGACAACAGUUCGUUCGCACUGACGGGAUCACUUAUACUUCAGCCUGUGCAGUAUCAAUUCCAAGUUAAAAGUGCUGACGAAGUAGUUGGCGUUCUACUAAACUCAUAUACGGCACUUCUACCAACGCAGCUUUCCUAUUCACACCGUUUUCAUCGUCUAGAGCACUCAUUCACCCUUCUUGGGGCUCUCUCGUCACCGGAUGGAUGGUGGGCUCCAGAAUGGGCAGUCAUCUCUACUUGGUAA